UCUAGCAGCCAAGCUUUUGCCGGUCUAACACUGAUCUGUCUAUGAAGAACUGGGGCUUUAUUCCAGGCAAGAUUUUUUUUUUUUUUGUGACUUGAGUGUAAAACUGGAGAAUGUUGUAAGAUGUACAAAGAGCACAGCAUUUUCGUGGACACACCAUUUUAUCACAUAAGACAAUGAGUAACAAUUAGCUAUUUUAAAGCGUCUUUGGAAAUCUUAAAAACUGGAUCUCAUUAUUUCUUAAUCAUGAGAAAUAUUUGGUUUUCUUCCCGGAGUGUGAUUUUGGAAUACAGGACAGCACUUAUUUUGUGCCUCUUUUGGAUUCAGUAUUGUCGCGGGAUGCCACAUGUCAUACGAAUAGGAGGAAUCUUUGAACUUAUCGAAGGAGCCGGGGGUCCACUUGUAAGCGCAGAAGAGCAAGCCUUUAAAUUUGCUGUGAAUAACAUUAACAGAAAUAGGACUUUGCUACCAAAUACUACAUUAACAUAUGACAUACAAAGGAUAAAUAUCUAUGAUAGCUUUGAAGCAUCAAGAAAAGCCUGUGAUCAGCUGUCCUUAGGUGUAGUUGCAAUAUUUGGGCCAUCCCACAGCUCUUCAUCUAAUGCUGUUCAGUCCAUUUGUAAUGCGUUGGAAGUGCCACACAUACAAGUGCGAUGGAAACACCAUCCAAUGGAUAACAGGGACACUUUCUACGCCAAUCUGUAUCCAGACUACUCCUCGCUCAGUCUUGCCAUUCUGGACCUUGUACAGUUUUUAAAAUGGAAGACUGCAACGGUUGUUUAUGAUGACAGCACUGGUCUUAUUAGACUACAGGAACUGAUAAUGGCCCCCUCCAGGUAUAACAUCCGGUUAAAAAUACGACAGCUGCCUCUGGACGACGACGCUAGGCCCCUGUUGAAAGAGAUGAAGAGGAGUCGGGAGUUUCGCAUUAUCUUUGACUGUAGUCACACGAUGGCAGCGCAGAUUCUAAAACAGGCCUUGGCAAUGGGGAUGAUGACAGAGUACUACCACUACAUCUUUACAACUUUGGACCUUUAUGCACUUGACUUGGAGCCAUAUCGUUACUGUGGAGUUAAUAUGACCGGAUUCCGGAUUUUGAAUACAGAAAAUCCCCAUGUAGCCUCGGUGGUGGAAAAAUGGUCUAUGGAGCGCCUUCAAGUGGCACCGAAGCCUGAAUCAGGCCUUCUAGAUGGCAUUAUGACGACAGAUGCUGCUCUGACGUAUGAUGCUGUUCAUAUUGUGUCGGUUUCCUAUCAGAGAGCCCCUCAGAUGACCGUCAACUCUUUGCAGUGUCACCGGCACAAACCCUGGAGGUUCGGUGGACGCUUUAUGAAUUUUAUCAAAGAGGCCCAAUGGGAAGGAUUAACUGGGCGGAUGGUUUUCAACAAGACCAGUGGGCUGCGGACAGAGUUUGAUUUGGAUAUCAUCAGUCUGAAGGAAGAUGGGCUGGAAAAGAUUGGAACGUGGAAUCCCACAGACGGCCUGAAUGUUACGGAGGUUUCAAGGGGGAAAGGGAUGAAUAUCACCGACUCUCUUUCUAACCGAUCUCUUGUUAUUACUACAAUUCUGGAGGAACCAUAUGUCAUGUUUAAGAAGUCUGACAAGGCACUUUCUGGUAAUGACCGAUUUGAGGGGUUUUGUAUUGACCUUCUGAAAGAACUGGCACAUAUCCUCGGAUUUAUGUACGAGAUUCGACUGGUGCCUGAUGGAAAAUACGGAGCGCAGGAUGAGAAGGGACAGUGGAAUGGCAUGGUGAAAGAACUAAUAGACCAUAAAGCUGACCUUGCAGUUGCUCCCCUCACUAUUUCUUAUAUCCGGGAGAAGGUUAUUGACUUCUCCAAACCAUUCAUGACUCUGGGAAUAAGCAUUCUCUACAGGAAACCGAAUGGGACAAACAAUGGCGUGUUCUCCUUUCUGAAUCCAUUCUCUCCUGAUAUCUGGAUGUACAUCCUCCUAGCGUACCUGGGUGUCAGCUGUGUUCUCUUUGUAAUAGCCAGGUUCAGCCCUUACGAGUGGUACGAUGCCCAUCCAUGCAAUCCUGGAUCUGACAUUGUCGAGAACAACUUCACUUUGCUGAACAGUUUUUGGUUUGGCGUUGGAUCGCUUAUGCAACAAGGCUCUGAAUUAAUGCCCAAAGCUCUUUCCACCAGAAUCAUUGGUGGUAUCUGGUGGUUCUUUACUCUCAUCAUUAUAUCCUCCUAUACGGCCAACCUGGCAGCAUUUCUGACAGUGGAGCGUAUGGAAUCCCCUGUGGACUCGGCAGAUGAUCUAGCCAAACAAACAAAAAUCGAAUACGGUGUUGUGAAAGAUGGGGCCACAAUGACCUUUUUUAAGAAAUCUAAAAUCUCCACUUUUGAGAAGAUGUGGGCAUUUAUGAGCAGCAAACAUAAUACAGCACUUGUCAAAAACAAUGAGGACGGAAUCCAGCGAGUGCUGCAAGCUGAUUAUGCCUUCUUAAUGGAGUCAACGACUAUUGAAUAUGUCACUCAAAGGAACUGCAACCUGACCCAGAUUGGAGGUUUGAUAGACACCAAAAGCUAUGGCAUUGGAACACCCAUGGGUUCUCCAUAUAGGGACAGAAUCACCAUUGCGAUCCUUCAGCUUCAAGAAGAUGGUAAGCUGCACAUGAUAAAAGAGAAGUGGUGGAGAGGGAACGGCUGUCCCGAUGAAGAGACUAAAGAAACCAGUGCGCUUGGGAUACAAAACAUCGGAGGCAUUUUCAUCGUGCUGGCAGCAGGACUGGUACUGUCUGUGUUCGUAGCAAUAGGAGAGUUUGUGUAUAAACUGCGGAAAACAGCUGAGCGCGAGCAGAGAUCCUUCUGCAGUGCCAUGGCUGAUGAAAUCAAACUGUCAUUCACAUGCGAGCGGAGGGUAAAACACAAACCACAGCCACCGGUUACGUUGAAGACAGAUGCCGUGAUCAACAUGCACACUUUUAAUGACAGAAGGCUACCGGGGAAAGACAACAUGACCUGCAACACCGGACUGACACCCGUGUUUCCAUAAACUUGAAUCAUGAUGCGUUGGCACAAACAUGGAUGGAGGAAAACUGCUGGGGCUGUUUCAGAGACGAAGCACUUAAUCAGAACAAAUAAAAGUCAAAUAAUCACACCAGUUUUACAUGACGGGGGGUGGGAAUGCAGAGUGGGGGAAACAGCAUUUUUUGAAAUAGGGCUCGGCUUACAUAUCAGUGUCCAAACAAUCUGAGUCUGGUGUUUACGUACAAAUACGUUUAUGUGCAAAAUACACAAAUACUACCACAUGAAAAACAGGAAAGAAAGCAGGCCGGUGGAGAACUCCACAGUCGAAUGACCUGGAACAAGGCAAUUUGAAAUCGUUCAGCAUGGCAAUAAAAGAACUUCUGUUACUGACUAACAGUGUACAUUGAAGAAGAGAAGUCACAGAUAGCACAUCACAAGUGUACGUACAAUGAAGCUGCUACAUAUUGGCAAGAUGUUCCUCUUCAGAUCAUGUUGACCUGUUACCUCAAUGCUGUGUAGACGUCCUGUUCUACAUGCCUGAUUACUCUGAUUUUAGCCACAGAAAGAUCUCAAAGGACAUAAAAAAGAGGCAUGGCUGGGACCAUGAUACCAGAACUUUUUUUUUUUUUUCUACAAAAACAACUUUUGCUUGGGAGCUGCAAAGUCUAAUAAAAAAAAAUAAAAAAAUAAAAAUCUGUAUCAGUGAACAAGAAGGAAGUACAUUUGUUGUCUCCGGUGUUACAGCAAUUUAGGCCCCCAGUCGCCUUGGUCUGACAAGCGAAUGCACAUAUCAGACAGGGACACAGUCAUACAGGCAGCAUAACCUGGUUAGUCAAGGGUUCAUCAGUGGGAACUGAAUAAUUUCCAGCCCUAGCAGGAACUAGAAAUUCCUAAAUAAAGUUAUGUUUUCAUA